AUGCACCGGAUUCAUUCGUGGGCGAAAGCUCACGCGUCGGCUCCCAGUUCAUCUACUCCAAACACCCCCACUGAAUCCAAGUCCUCCGCCUCCAACACCGCUGAUAACCCUCUCCCUGCCCAUCAUGAUGGCAAAGUGAACCCAGAAUCGGGGGCCCCGGCAGGCCCGGGGCCAUGUGUCGAAACCAAUGAGAAAACCUCCCCGGUAGGACCUUUGGUCCGUGCCAGAAAUGGCACUGUCCGUUUCUUCAGCCAUACCAAGGAUGCCCUUUGCCACAGCUGGGUGAACGUCCUGCUGGUGUUUGUCCCCGUCGGGAUUGCUGUCGAGGCAGCCGGUCUAAGCCCUGCGAUCAUCUUUGCCAUGAACGCAGUCGCUAUUAUCCCCUUGGCGGGGUUGUUGAGCCAUGCAACAGAAUGUGUUGCCAGCCGUCUGGGCGACAACCUGGGCGCGCUCAUCAACGUCACAUUCGGGAAUGCCGUAGAGUUGAUUAUUUUCAUUAUCGCUCUGGUCAAGAACGAAAUCCGGAUCGUUCAGGCUUCCCUCUUGGGCUCCAUCCUCGCCAACUUGCUACUCAUCCUAGGAAUGGCCUUCCUGUUGGGAGGUCUCCGCUUCCAGGAACAGAUCUACAACAGCACGGUCACGCAGAUGAGCGCUUGUCUGCUGAGUCUCAGUGUCAUGAGCUUGCUCCUUCCUACCGCUUUCCAUGCCUCAUGGUCCAAUUCCGACGUCGCUGACCGAUACACCCUCAAAGUCAGCCGUGGAACUAGUGUGGUCCUACUGCUGGUGUAUAUUCUCUACAUCGUGUUCCAGCUCAAAUCCCACUCCUACCUUUAUGCCAGUAUCCCUCAGCAGAUUAUCGACGAGGAGUCUCAUCCAGGUGUGCUGGCCGACUUGAUGAACCACUCCUCCGACUCCAGUUCCUCGUCCGAUGAGUCUGAUGAUACUACGACGUCGUGGACUACGGCCAAGCGCAUCAAAAGGGCCAUGAAGAACCGUCGCCACCGCAAAUCAAGCGGCAGCUCCAGGGGCACGCCCCCAGAACUCUUCCGCAAACGCACACUACCUGAAAUGACCUCCACCGACCCUGCCAAUAGAUCUGGCUCGGUCGGCGGCUCACUGUCCAGUAACAUUGACGAUCACGGCUCAUGCGCGAUUGAUUUUGGAGAUGACAGUCGCUACGAUGCAGACACGAACGACGGCAACCCCCAUGAGCCUCAAUCGCGGGAUUUUGGCAACGAACCCCAGCGCAAGGUCUCUAAGAAGGAACGCAAAGCAAAAAAGCGUGAGGCCAAGCGUCAGAAGAAGCAGUCGGAGCAAGACAAGUCUGGUGUAACUGCCGCUGGGACAUCCCUUGAUCACCAGACGGCUUACUUGACGCAAUCUGGACAGUCAGAAGGGGCUCAGGCUCUGGGGGACACCUCCGACCUGCCAAAGCGACGUUCGCCAUUCCGGCCUACGAUCCCCUCUUUGCUGUCCAACACAGUCUUCUCCAGCAAUCAAGUGCCUAGCCACAUCUCCCCGGUUCAUACUUCUGGGAAUCUCGGAGGGUUGCGGCGCACGAACUCUCUGCCCAGCCGGAUAAACCGCCCUCCCCCAGUGGGCAAUGCGGUUCAGUUUGCCCGAGGAGCAGCUCGCAUGCCAGCAGCGGCCAAUGUGAAGGCGGUCGAGGUGGCGCCUGAGCAUCAAGAGCAUUUGAUGUCUCGCACCUCUGCGGUGGUCAUGCUACUCUUGUCCACGGGACUUGUUGCGGUUUGUGCGGAAUUCCUGGUGGAUGCUAUCCCCGCAAUGAUUCAGAGCUCCUCUGUGAGCGAAGCGUUUAUCGGGUUGAUUAUCUUACCCAUUGUCGGCAACGCUGCCGAACACGUAACAGCCGUGAGCGUCGCGACCAAGAACAAGAUGGACUUGUCGAUUGCUAUCUUUGUGACCCCUUUAGUGGUGAUUCUGGGUUGGUGCAUGGACAAAGACAUGUCAUUGUACUUUACCCUAUUUGAGACCAUUUGUCUAUUCGUGACUGCGUUUGUCGUCAACUUUUUGGUGUUGGAUGGACGCAGCAACUAUCUCGAGGGUGCCCUCCUGAUUGCGGCCUAUGUGAUCAUCGCGGUUGCGGCUUUCUUCUACCCCAGCACCGAUGAAUCGAGUGGCUUCGCUGGCUCUGCCUAG